CAGGUUCCUUUCCAAUUGCACCCAUUUCCUAGGUGGAUCCAAAAAUGGACACAAGUCUACAAAAUCAUCCAAUGAGAGUUUAUUAAAUUUCCUGUUACAACUGGAGCCCCAUACCAACCAGGGACUGAAUCCUAGCUGGCCACAUUUUGGACCAAUCAGAAGCCAGCAAGGUAGUCUCGAAUAGCUGUCAAAGUGCUAUAAAUAUGUCUGUAUGUUUGCAUUGAGGUAUGUCAGUUCUUUGGAGUGCAGACGCCACUGAUAACCUCUUUGACCGAGGAGAAUAAAUAUAUUUGAUUAUACAAGACGUGUCUCAUCUGGCCUUUUGGAAGCUUGACACUCCAGGCUCUGGACCUGCGCUUUAGCAGAGCUGAAAUCGCAUAACAAGAUGAUACAAAAGAAAGAAUUUUUUGAGAUGAGAUUGCUGAAGUGUAUCAAACCUGCAAGGGGGGAUCUGGAGGGCAAAUCUACCACAAUCAAACAAUGACCACUCCGGAGUUGUUUGCCAAAAAUGUAAUGUUCACAGAUUCUAUGGCCGCUUUAAAUCUCGUUAUGGAAAGAAAAAACGGGGUAUAAAUAACAACAAUAACAAUAAUAUGGCCAUCUCAAACAUCUAAACUUUACAUCUGAUCUAUUUGCAAGGCUUAUUCAAGACAUCAUGCUGCCUAAAGCAAAAUAACAAGAGGGUUGUCUCAGCUGAGCUGGUCAAUGGACUUUAUUUCAACACUGGCAAUAAACUUAGGAUAUCAUCUCUAAUGGAAUUUUUGGCUGCAUCAAAAGGAGUAUAGUGUCUAGAUAGAGGAAGUCAUGGUGUCUUUGUAUUCUGCUUUGGUUAGACCUCACCUAGAAUACUGUGUCCACUUCUGGGCACCGCAGUUCAAAAGAGAUGUUGACAAGCUGGAAGGUGUCCAGAAGAGGGUGACUAAAAUGAUCAAAGGUCUGGAGACCAUGCCCUACGAGGAGCGUCUUGAAAAACUGGCUAUGCUUAGCCUGCAGAAGAAACGGUUGAGAGGAGACAUGAUAGUCAUGCAUAAAAAUGUGAAAGAGUGUCAUAAGGAAGAGGGAGAGGAUUGUUUUCUGCUGUCCUUGAAACUAGGACCCGGACCAAUGAGUUCAAAUUACAGGAAAGGAGAUUCCACCUGAACAUUAAGAAGAACUUCCUGACUGUAGGAGCUGUUCAACAGUGGAACUCUCUGCCUUAGAGUGUGAUGGAAGCUGCUUUCUUGGAAACUUUUAAACAGAGACUGGAUGGCCAUAUAUCAGGGAGACUUUGAUGGUGCUUUUCCUGCAUGGCAGGGGGUUGGACUCGAUGGCCCAUGUGGUCUCUUCCAACCCUAUGAUUCUGUGAUUCUAUCACCAAGUAUGGUGGCAGCAGGCUGGAUUAGAGAGUGUGGAACCAGCCAUGUGGCAAAUGCAUCUCAGUACAAAGGCAUGGGAGGUGUUGGGAAGUUGAGGUGAAACAGCUAGAAGAUGCUACUGCCCACCAGUAUCUGCCAUCUGAAGUAAUGGCCUGAGUCUGAACUGAGUAUGGAUCCUUUUUACUUUUAUAGCAUAGGAUUGAGAUGUUUUUGUUGUCAGGUGAGGAUGAUUUCUCUGUGUGGGUCACACAUACAGUUGAACGUUAUGCAGGAGGAAGAAACAAUGGGAGUUAGGAAAUGUACUUGAAUGCAAGGGCUUUGCUGCCAUGGAAACCAAUGCAUGUUGAAGUAUGUGGCCUUGUCAAUAUGCCCCGUUAAGCACAGAGCACACCAUUUUAAUACCUCUUUCAGCUUAGCCAAAACUGUGAUAUGUACCCUGUAGGCAUGAAAGUUGGUUCUGUUGUUACUUCUGUCGUUGUUUCAGGUAAUCUGUGCAGACUCCCAUCCCAUUUCAUACAUGGAUGGUGUCAACCAAUGGCCAAGAAAACCAUCUUCUAAUAACACACCUUUGACAAUUUCUGUUAAUCAUAUAUACCACCACCAGGAUUUUCUGCACCCAUUAUGAGCAUUAUCAUACCAUUAAAAGCACAGAAAACCAGUGUGGUAUAAUUACUGGGAUGCUGAGUUAGGAAAUACAAUGUUCAAGUCCUUGCUGAGCCAUGAAACUCACUGAAUGAUUCUUGGACUACUUUCCCUUCAGCUCACCCUUACAGGAUUGUUGUAAGGAAAAAAGAAAAUAAUCUUGAAUUGAAAUAAAGCAAAGGGAAGGCAAAAUAUACAUGCAAUCAGCCAAUCAACCAAUUCAAGCAUCUCACACACACUUUUCCCAGUUGGUCAAUAAGGUGGGUAAUUUUCCCAUCUUCAGUUCUUUAUCUCACUGAGAACAGCAGUUCUGUCUGAUAUCAAAGCAUGUAACUAGGGGAAAGGGAAGCUGGUAAACUCUUGGCCAAAGGGAUCUGAUGAUAACAAAAAAAGGGUGGAGAGAAGCAACCUACAGGGUAAAGUUUGCUGCAGUUAAGAGAGACAUUCAUCUUGAAGCAGCAGUGGUAGUCAUGCAUGUCACAGCACUUUUAGCAAGUGUGCUGCUACUUUGCAAGAUGAGGGAGACCUGCUGCCAGAGAUCUCCUUAUGCUGAAACAACUUCCCUCUCUCAAGCACGGAAGGUUUUCCCAAGUGAGUCUUCUCAACCUCAUGAUCAACUCAACAAGAUGGCUCAAUCCAACCCUGACAUCCAUCUCAUCCGGAGUGAUCUGGGCACCCAAGCAAAGCCCUACAGCCUGUCUCUCUCCCCUGAAGACUACCAUCAUUACAUACCCAAACCUAAGCGUCUGCGUACCACUCGGCUGAUGAAACUGUUAGGAUCUUCCUAUGACCCUUUCUGGAUGUCUGUUGAAGAUCCACGAGAUCAAAAUACCAGCCUAGAUUAUUUGGGCACCUUGAGUGUGGACCUGGCUGAACGUACAGCCCGAUUUCGGAAGAAGCUCCUGCAGGAGGCAAAGCAGUUAGAUCUUUCUGAACUUUUGUCUUCUAGGGACAGGACCUCCCAUAACCAGAGUCAAUCUUUCGUUGACCACCUCCACCAAUGGCUAGUGGACAGUGCUACCUGCCAUCUGACCUCUUCCUGGGUGAAUAUGGGAUCCAUUUUCUGGCCCCGCUGGGUACGUCAUACAGAGUGUGAUCUUAAUCAUGCCAGUUGCUCUUGGCCUCCUGGCAUGACCUGUCAUCCUGCCCAGGUAACCCACAUCAAACUGUUAGCAUGGCAUUGUUGGGUUAGCAGGGACCAAACCUUUGGUCCUCGGAAGUCUCUUCAGCAAUGUGCUUGGAGGCAAGUCCCUUACCCUGUGGUGGCAACCUGCAAGUGUUCCUGCUGAUACAAGAUGGCAUCAAGGUUCUACAUGAUCAGGUUUGAGCUUCUUAAGGAUUUCCUGCCAGUUGCCACCCAGCUCAAACCUGGUAAUCAUGAUGAAAGAAAAAUCUCAAGGCAUUUGACCUAAAAGGCAGCUGUAGCAGAAGAUGAAAGAAAGAGGUAUGCUGCCAUUCUAUGUACUUUAUGUACCACAACAAGAGUGAACAACAUAUUGGGAAUUAUGGCCAUAUUUCAGGAAAAGAGCUCAGGCAACUGAAGCGAAGGCAAAACAUCUUUUUUGGAUUGACAACUAUUUUGAUAAGUUGGCAGCAGAAACCGAACAGAAUUGAGCACUGAUGUUCCAUGAGGCAAAAGUCAACAAAUCGUGGUUG